AUGACGACGUUAUUGCCACUAUCACAACAUGCUCUCGAAGCACUGGCUAGAGAGACGAUGCAUGAUCGCAUCGUCGGCUGUCUUUUCGGAUCAGCCCUGGGCGAUGCCAUAGGGCUAUACACAGAGUUCCUCUCCGGAGAAACAGCUCGCCUCUCAUAUCUAUCCCAAAAAUUCACUCUUUGUCCUCGAUCUGAAGCCACUCCCUUUCGUCGAGACGCGCAUCGCGACCCCAACGUGCCAGGAGAAUGGACAGACGACACCGAUCACGCCAUGUGUAUCUUGCUGUCGUAUCUCCAUUCAGACGGCAAGGAAAUGAGCACCAAAGACUUUGCAUCUCGCCUACACAUUUGGGUCAGAAUGGGGCUCCGCGCGCUGGAUACAUUGCCAUUGGGCUUGGGCCGAACUGUUGGUUCCAUUGUGAGGAGCAAGACGUUCCUGGAAUAUCCGGAAGAGACUGCGAGGAUACACUGGCGGAAUGCCAAUUGCGAACUUGCGCCCAAUGGAAGCAUCAUGAGAACACAUCCGCUAGGCCUCAUGUGCAUUCACAAAUCACUCGACGAAACGUUCCAGAUUGCUGCCGACUACUCUGUUAUUACACAUGCCGACCCACGGUGCAUCAUUUCAUGUGCCCUCGGAACGGCACUGAUCAGGGGACUGUUACGGCAGGAGAUAUACAACGAAGAACACAUUGACGAUAUUGUCAACAAGGCCAUCGAGUGGUUUCCCACGUAUCGGCUGCGCCAAAUAGAAAAGGACUCCAGCUGCAAGGGGGAUCCAGAGCUGGAUCUGGAAGAGCUCAACAGACAUGUCAAAGUCGGCAAUCUCACUGAGCUUGAGCUCGACGACAUGUACAAAAUCGGAUACACAUACAAGACUUUUGGCUCUGGCAUCCACCUCCUCCGCCUUGCCAUGAGAGCCCUCGCAGCUCCUGAGAGCCGUCUUUCAGCACAGAAAACCAUCUUCGAGCCGCUCAUCACCAAUCUCAUUAUGCAAGGCGGCGACGCCGAUACGAACGCUUGCUUUGCGGGCGCUCUUCUUGGCGCGUAUCUGGGCUACAAAGUCCUGCCGCCGCACUGGAGAGACGGAUUGGUGCAUGGCGAGUGGUUGAUGAAAAAAGCAGAGGGGCUGAGUAUCUUGCUGGGAAUCGGCCAAGGAAGUUAUAGUGGUGUUCAAGACAAGGAUACGGCGCCGGAUGGAGGCAGAGGAUGGCUGACGGAGAGCCAGAUGGACGAGAAGGUGAUGCUGUUACAGGCUGAUAUGGUUAAGAGAGCGCAAGAAAGGGAUCAGCAAGAGAAGGUUGAGAAGAGACAAAGGGCAAAGAGAACGUCAUGGCUGGGAGGGUUUGGUGGACGGGCGCAAUGA